CGGUAGUCGUCGCGGUGAUCGCGGAAAUACCUACGUCGGCGAUCGUACAAAUGGUCCAAAUGGUUGAAAUCUAACCAUGUAAAAAUGCAUUGAUCCUAAAAAAGUUUACUAACACCCAUUCGAAAAUGGUGUCAAUAAUUAAAAACCAGUUGUUGAAACACCUGUCGAGGUUCACCAAAAAUUUAUCCGCCGAUAAAAUUAAUCUGAGCACGUUCAAGGGCGAGGGAGAACUCACUAACUUGGAACUCGAUGAAAUUGUACUAACAGACCUGCUGGAGCUGCCUUCUUGGUUGCGACUCACAAGCGCUUGGUGCAACAGAGUUACUUUUAGAAUACAAUGGACCAAGCUCAAAAGUGUUCCUAUAUUCUUGAGCUUAGACGAGGUUCAUAUCGAAGUAGAGACAUGCGAGGACUUAAGGAGCAUGUCAACUCCUCAAGGAUUAUCUUCCUAUGCAGGACCUGCAAAGUAUUCCUUCAUUCACAAGGUGAUCGACGGAAUAACUGUUGCUGUUAAUACAGUCUCUGUUACCUUCAAAAGCCCAGCGUUUAUUGCCUCUGUUCAGAUGUCUCGCAUCAUGGUGGAGUCUAAAUCUCCAGAAUGGCAGCGAUGUGAUCUUAGAAUGACGCGGUUGAAAGAUCCUGACAGAGGACAAUUACUUAUAUUUAAGGAACUGGAGUGGCAGACUGUUAGGAUAGAGGCUUGUAGUACCAAAGAUAAAGAACUAACACCACUUCGGCUGCUUACCAAUCAAGCUAGGUGUCGAAUAACUAUUAAAAAGAGAAUAUCUGAUUGUUUUGUAAUGGGAUGCAGGCUGGUUGUUAUACUUGAUGAUCUUUUGUGGGUUUUAACGGAUUCCCAAUUGAAAGCAGCGCUUCACUUUCUUGACUCUCUUGGUGGGCUUGUCGAGAAGGCUACUGUGUUGGAGAGAAAGACGAAAGCUGCUAGAAAGCUGGAGGUUUUGCCGGAGUAUCAAGCACAAAUUUCCCAGCAAUCCAGGACAAAGACUCAAUCCCAUACUGCUAUAUCUAGGCUGUUCACAAGAUUUGACGUCGUUGAAACCUCCUAUCACUUUCUAUCUCAGAGAAUUGACUUACAUUUAUGUGAUGAUCCAGGGUCUGGCAGAUCCUCGUAUCCAGAGCUGAGCGAUGGUGGUGCACUCCAAGUAUCUUUGGUCAAGUUUCAAAUCGAUUAUUAUCCUUAUCAUCUGGCUAUGGCGGACAGAAAACAUUGGGCGAAAUACAGGGAAGGAGCAACACCGCACAGUCAGUGGCUGCAGCAGUCUUUAAAUGCUUUUCGCAGCCAGUUUAUGGAUCUCAUUGACUCGACAAGAACGCAGCAUUCACCUCUGACUAGGAGUCAAGCCAAUGUUACAGGUAACUCCGCUAAGGGCAGUUCCGAUAAUCUUGAAAAAAGUGCCCAACAACAAUCCCAAUCGGCCAGUGUCCAGGAACAAAAAAAGGCUCUGAAUCAGCCCAGUGGAAAUCCAGUAAAAAAUUAUGUGCUGGAACAAUUGGCCAAGCUUAUGACAACUUGUGUAAUCAUUAGAAUAGACGAUUUUACGCUUUAUAAGGUGACAACGUCUGCUCGGAAACCUGUGCCAAAAGAAUUCAUCGCAGCUCAAACACGGAAGAGGCAUACUGCAGGGGAUCGAGAUCGAUUUUGCUUUCCGGAGGACGUGACUAUUCUUCACGCAGAAUUCACCUACUACUACUAUCCAGGAGAUAUACCAUUUCCACUGCCACCACCAAAAUUCUACGUACAACUUAAUCCUGUUCAAAUUAACUUUGAUAUUUCUUCCUGUCUAUGGUUCAACUCGUUUGCUUUGAAUCUACAUCAUUCUCUGCUAAACAGAAGCGAAGAAGCUCCUCCUGCUUCACCCAACUUGAUGUACUUUGAUGUAAAAAUAGAAGCAAUCCUUCCCAGGGUUAUAUUUGAAAGUCAACAAGACCACCCGAAUCAAAGAGAUCGUCCCAAGUCGCUUCAUAUCCAAACAUCCAGAGCAUCGGUUACGAACGUAAGAUCGACUGAGCGUUCUUCCAGAGCAGAUUUGGCCCAGUGCCUGAACGCUUUUCAAAUGGGUCAAAUGUUUUUUGGUGCUGAAUUUCCUAGUCAACCCGGAGACUACCAUGUAGUUACCGAUAAAUUUCUUCAGCACUGUGCAGGUACGGAUGGCAUCAGGAAUCCACCUCAGAAUUUCAGUAGUAAUUCCAUUAACGAAAUGGUUCGUCAGCUCAGCAAAGAGCUUCUUUGGACUGAGGCUAAAGACGUUUGGUGUUGUCACUUGGAGCCAGUCUGGGGUGAUUUUCUUGGUGCUAGAGCCGUUGGUCAAAAUCGGGCAGUUCCAUUCUUGGAUGCGUUUCCUCUUACGCUUUGGUUACACAUGAAAGUGAAAUCGCCACCUGAUGUCGAAGCUCCUCCCACUGCAGAUAUUCAUGGACUUGCUUAUAUCAGCAACUUAGUUAGCGUUCAAAUUAAUCACUAUCAAUACCUGUUCCUGUUGAGACUGGCUGAGACUGUGUCCGAAAUGGCAACGUUCUUAGCCGUUGAUUCGAAUAAGAUAUUAAAAGUUGAGUCUGGAGGAUCUUUAGUCAUUGGUGCGCUGAUACCGCAACUAGAGGUAACUUUCGUAAUGCCAUCACAAACACCUGGAAAAGAAAACUCUGGGGGAGAUUUGGAAUCUGUUGUUCCCGAUUCAUCCAGUAUAGCGGAUGAUCUCGGCGGAUCUGGUCCGUGGCAGAAUAGUGCUGUGAAUCAUAGAGUUGAUUUUAGUGCUAAACGAAUGAACACGUCGAAUGAUGUGGAAACUCCACAAAGCGAAGUCUCCUCAUCCUUAUCCAUGGACUUUCCACGAACUGAUAUUGUCACGCAAGCUGUAGUUACCUUUAAACAAAAUGGUACUGAAUCUAUCAAGCCUCAUUCUGUACCUAUUGAACAACAACUUACAUCGGUUGAGGCCCAACCAGCAGCUCCGAGCUUUCGAGUUCACGAUCGUAGGAAAACCGAGGCUCAGACCGAACAGCCACCGCCCAAAGCCAUACUAAGCGGUUCCACCCCACCAUUUAUGCCAAAUAAUUUUAAUGCUGGAUUUUCAUCGAUGAAAAAAGGAUUCAGUAAUUUAAUGACCUCAAUUGAUUCUGCCCUGAAACCUUCACCAGAGGAUGGAAGUAGCGAUACAGUUUCAAUGCGAAGUGACGUCAGUUCAGAUAGUGAAAACUAUGUUGUCGUUAGCUUAGAGGAACAGGAAAGGCUCGAUGCGGCAUUUGCUGUAGACAAUACAAUUCGAAUCACUACUGUUGAGGAAGCAAGUGAGGUUGUAGAGGAAACUCCGGAUACGCAGAGUGAACGUUCCAUGGAUAGUGUAUGCAGAAGAAGAGAUCUGGUCUCGAUUGCCACGUUCAAACUUUCAAAAGUAGAAUUCAUCCAGCAGUCAUCUGGUUUUGCGUCGGCCAUCAAAGUUCAAGUUUUGAACGUAGGUAGCGAAGAAUGCCCGUCUAUACCAUGGGAUGAAUUUCAGGCCAAGAGAAAGACCAAGUUCAGCUCUCGGUCUCGGGGAUGGAUUGAGUUACCCUGUGACUCUGAUUGUCGAUCACGUGUGAAAGUGCGAUUGGAACACGGUUUAAAAAAUAAAGAGGACUAUCGCAGACUUUCACGUGCCAGUCAAAGUACCAGUGGAAGCAGCAGACGAUCUUCCAAGGAUAGAAAUGCACCUUUGGAACCUCAAGUAUCUAGUGACAAUAUAGAUAUGCAGGACAAAGCUAAUGUGAUGGCAUUAUUCGAAGAUAGAUUAGAAGUUAAAGUGGCAGAUGUUCCACUGACGUUAUCCAUGAGCUCAGUUACUGGCCUGACUGACUUGGCAGAGGACGAAAUUGUACCAAAGCCAAUACCUAUGCAGAUAUACUUGGAAAACAUCUCGUUGCAUCUUAAUGAAGAUCGUCCACCAAAUAACAUAACAUCACCUGGACCGAUUCCAAUAGAUUUGGAUAUCUCUAGACUCAGAAUCUCGCGGGAUAUCAGUGGAGUCUUCCAUAUUGAACCUAUUGUUGGUACUCUAGUGGAAAGCAGCUCGGAAGCUACGAUAUCGAAUGGGAAUAUUCAAAGCGCCAAAGAGAUAGAAACCGAAUUGGAAUUGACCAGCUUGCGGCAAUUCACCCAGCAACUUAAGUCUGAUAAUGAAGAAUUGAGGCGUAGACUAGCUACGUUCGAACGCUUAUCGGCAGAAAAUUCGAAGUUGCGUCGUACCAAAGAAGAAUCAGAAGUUUUGCGUUCAUGUCUGAAUGCUGCCCAAGAAGACGUCAGCGUUUUGCUGGAAGAAAAAAGACGUCUUCAGGAAACAGUGAGGGAUCUCCAAUGUCAGCUUGACGAAGGAACGGCUGGAAACAGUAACAGAACAUCCUGGUCUAUUAAAAGAUAGCACACCAGUUGCUUUGACUGUUCCAAGUGCUGCAGCGCCAAUAAAUCGUAACGUUUAGAUAGAUCAUGAUUUGCCAAGUCGCACAAUAUGCAGCUGACCAGUGAUGUUUGGUGACUGUAGAUUAAAAAAGAUUCAACUUCGCGUAUCCUAAAAUACCAUGUGCUUUUCCGAUAGUGAGAAUAUCAUCCGGCUUUAAAAUGAAAUAGGAGUUCAUUAAUAUUGAAUGGGUGUCUAUUUGAAUCAAGGGAAAUUAAAAAGUACAAACGAACGAUGGUUCUCUCGUUAGUAGUAAUGAUGAGUGACCAUGUUGUCUCUGUAUUUAGAUGAUAUUAGCAAAGAAGAAAAAAAAUAAUAGGUAGAAUAUUAUUUUUCAAAUUCCGUACAUAAUAGUUGCAAUAUUUGUUGAUGAUAUUACAAUUGAAUCUUUCGUGUAAAUAUAGACAUAUAUGUAUGUAGUUUUAUAAGUAAGUGUAACGAUAAGCAAUCAAAACUAAAGCGCAACAGCGAAUGAUCAAUUGACUUCGAUAAUUUCAUCCCAUAAUUUCUCAGCCGUCCUGUUUCUAUUUUAUGAUUGAUAUUUUCCCAUCAAGUGAUCAAUGGAAAGCAGCAUCUGUUAUGCAGGCAUUAUACACCUUACCUAAGGGUGCUAUUAUUUAUUUUCGAGCAAAGAUGAUAAUCUUGCUAGUCUCAAACUCAAUUUAGAAGUUUUUACUAACAAUGUUUAAUCUUUUUGCUUUUGAGACAUGCCAAAAUCGGUAUUGCACUUCAGCCAUUGGUAUUUUCAGGAUCUGAAAUCUGAAUCUUUCUUAAAUACAAUCAGAAUUAGUUAGUAUCUAUCUCCUACAUGCUAUAAUUACUAAGCUAGUGACUACGAGGUAGAUCUUUUACCUUUCAAUGUUAACAGCGUGAUUGGGUUGUGCAUUGCUAAAUACGAUGUAAUUGUUGUUGAACUCUAUGUUAUGGGAAACUGAAAAGCGGCAAUUAAGCGCAAUAGUGAUUUCUAUCAAAAUAUGUACUUGUUGAAUAAUUUCAUGGGGAAAUUGAGAAUAACGAGCCAAGAUGUAUGUACUAGUCACAAAUCAUAUGAAAAUUUCAUUUGCAGAUUGUGCAUGUUGGGUAUAAUAUUCCAGAGAUGCGUGUUGAGAUAAAACAUUCUCGUACGUACAUUGGAUCAACUCCCUCUUUACAGAAUAUAUUCAAAGCGUGUAAUGUGUAAAAAAUAUAUUUAAAAGAAAAAAAAAUAGGAUAUAUUUAGCUAACAUUUAUUGAGAAAUUUGAGUUGCAAUCAGAGCGCAAACAG